AACAUACGGAUUGCUGCUUGCAGUCUUUGGAGUGGGAAAUGUAGUGCAAUACGGUUCAAUAGGGAGUGUUUUGUUUCGAAAGAAAGAAACUCUAAUUCAUUUUCAGUAAUUCUUUCUCAGAUGUGAAAUGCAGACUCAAUUUUAGGGAGUGUAUGAAGGAAGAAACUCGUGUAAUUGCAGAUAAGCCUUAAAAUCCUUAAGCAAAGGGGUUUUAAGAUGCAUUUUGAUCCUUGCUUUUAUUAAGACCUCCAGUUUAAAUUCCAUUUGGAAUAUUUAGGAGGACCAAGAAACCAAGAAAGACCAUCAAACGCACAACCGAAUUUAAAACGACAAUUUGGUCACGUGUUACAUUACUGUUGAUUGAAGCUUCCAGGAUGCAAUGUAGCCAUUGUAUUGUCAGUGUAUAACGAAUACAUCAUUACCUCUUGAAAAACGAUUUAAAGGCAUAAGAAAAUAGACCGGUGGGACGACCGUACAUGGAACCAAAGAUUAUAGAGGCAAGGAGCAUCUUAGUCGGAUUGGAUUUUAGUUAGACUGAAGGGCCUGUUUCCGGGUUUGCUCUUCCUCGUCCGCCUCCGCCACAUAUAAACGGCUGCUGGCGCUCGUAGCUCCACUAGUUUCGGCCGCUCCUGGAGAUUGGCAUCGAGAGCAAAAAGUGGAAAGAACAGGUUUCGGGCUACUCCGGCAUGGCUGAGAAUCAAAAGCUGGAAUUUCCCGGCGACUCCGGCGGACGGGGAGGUGGGGGCGCAGAUGGAGGAGGCGGUGGAAGUGACACCACCCCGCCUCAGGCUCGCCCAGCGCCGGAUAAGGGGGCAGCGGUGAAGAAGAAGGGGCGGCCGCGGAAGCAACAACAGGUUCAGCCACAGCCCAAGCGAGUGAAGCUGCCCAAGAAGGCGCCGGUCGGCCCUACAGUCACCGAGCGCGUCUUAUCGGUGGCGGCGUCCAGCAUGGAGCGACGCGGCAUCUCGCUGGUCGCCCUGAAGAAAGCGCUGUCGGCCAUGGGCUACGACGUGAGCCACAACAACAGCCGCGUCAACCGGACGGUGCGGCAGCUGGUGCAGAGGGGCUCGCUGGUGCGGACCAGCGGCACCGGCGCCUCCGGCUCCUUCAGGUUUAACCGGACAGCGGCGCCCAAGCGGGAGAAGGCGGGAGUGGCCCGCAGGAUGGUGGCGUCUAAACGGGAGAAGAAAGUGGCGGCGGCGCUCCGCAAGCCCACCACCACCCUUUCCAAGAGGUCGGCGACCAAGAGGACCAAACAUCAAAGCAGGACCACCGACCGACCCUUCAAGCGCCGCCCAAGGACGGUCGGUCGUCCCCACGCCAAGGCCCGGUCCCGCCUCCAGCCCAGGGGAGACGGACCCCGGGGAACGCGGGUCUACCGCAAGCACCAGUCGGUCAAAAGCAGGAAGGCGGCCCGCGGACGAAUCCAACGCACGGUGGUGCGUCCCCGUAAAAUCCGGACCCAGGGGCUGGUAGAAGGAACCAUUCUCGCCUGUUGAUGUUGCCUCGAAGGGGUUAGAACUUAUAAAAGGCUCUUUUCAGAGCCACUAAAUGAUCAAGAUAACAGCAAAACCGUUCCACGGGAACAUAAAACAACUAACAGUAUCACAAGCCAAAAAAAAGCUUAUCGGAAGAAAAUUGAUAUAUUGAUUUGGAUUAAUUUUCUCAGAAUUAUUGCACAGUAGCUGGUGAAACGCUAGGCAUUUUAGAUGUGCUGUGCUUUGCAAGUCAUAUCCUAAAUUAUUUUACAGAAUUAUCUUAUAUUUGGGAACAUGGGUGUUUGUAUCAAUUUUGAUGUAUUUUGAAAAUCACAAGUAUGCAAUCCAAAAUAGCUAAUUUGUCAACAAUUCGACGCCAACAAAGUUCUUAAAAGAGCAGUUUGGCGGUUUAAUGCCAGCUUUUGAUGAAGUCGCUACUUGGGGAUGGUACAUGUGGUGAACGUUUUUGUCCCUUCCGAGACGGCGUGUUUCGCGGGCAGCAGGGCGGCACUUUGGAUCUCCCGGGAAGAGAUGGUCUGGCGGCGGGUCUAAUGCACCAGAGGGGAAGACUCCGAGGCGAUGCGCUAAAAUAUGUUGGAGAACGAGUGGAUGACACUGGAUCUUUGCUCGUAGCCUUGGAAGACUUGAUGAAGGUGGACCUGUUUCAGCACCUUGUAGAUGAUCGCUCUCUCCUUUCUGCUCUUCCUGUGUUACUUGUCGCCUUUCCUGCUCAUGUUCAUGGCAGUUUCUCCAAGCCCUUCUUUGAAAUGGUGCCUUUGGAACACUAGCGAGGUACUUGUGGAAACAGCAAAGCGAUAGGCAUUUCAAAGCGUUCAAGCCGACCUAACUCAAAAUGAGUAGGAAACUCUAGAUACUGGUUUAAACCGAAGAUAGACACAAAAAGCUGGAAUAACUCAGCGGG